AAGGGAGAGGAAGAGAGGAAAGGUGGAAAGAAGGAGGAGAGGAAGAUUGGAAGCGAAAGAGCGAAAGACCACUACUACCACCACCACUACCACCACCACUACCACCACCACCACCACCACCACCACCACCACCACGUUCGCGCUCGGUUGCCGCUUACGUACUCGAAGCAAGAGCGGGCUGGCGUUGUGUAAGAGCUGAAAGUAAAAGUUGAAACCGCCGAGUUGGGCUCGCGGGAGCGCGUGCGGAACGCGCUAAAAUCCGAUCCUGUCUCGUAAGGCUGGGCAUACCCGAAUAUCUCUCUACCUCCCUCCCUCUCUCCCCUCCUCCCUCUCCCUCUCUCUCUCUCUCUCUCUCUCUCCCGCGUUUCUCCCGCCGGCUUUCGGAUUCGGUCCCACUUUGCCGAGUGGCCGAGCUGUGUUUCCUCGGGACCGACCGUGCGUGCGUGCGUGCGUGCGUGCGUGCGUGCGUGUGCGCGCGCGCGCGUGCGCGUGUGUGCGCGUCUCUCUCCUAAGCGAGUAAGGCCCGAUUCGCCGCCACCAUUCCCGCGGAAGGAACACGGUGAUUGUCGAGGCGGCUCGGAACGAAAUCGCGCAGCAAACGGAACGAGACGAGACGGGACGGGACGGGACGGGACGGGACGGGGCGGGACGGGGCGGGGCGCGGAGGGAAAACGAGGAGGGAGAGAAGGAGGGAAAUUCAAGUGUGAGCGCGAAUCGCGGUUGCCACGACAAUUUCUAAUCCGUUCAAGCCGCCGCCGCUGUGUGUGAAAUCUCGGUGUGUGUCGCGCGCUCUGUCCGCCUCUCUGUCCGCGGAGAAAAGACGACGACGACGAACCGCUACCUUAUAUCAAUCAUUCGCCACGGGGGGGACGCUUCCUUUCCCCGAAACAAGAAGAAAGAAAGGGGUUGUUGUCGUUGUUGUUGUUGUUGUUGCGAGAGGAGGGAGGAGAUUAGACGCGACUGACUGUGGAAAAGUGACAGCUCGGCCGUGAGUGGAUAUUACAACGUCGAGUGGAAAGCGAUGGAAACGAUCCGUCGUCGCCUCGUAUGCUCGUGUCUCUUGGUGUCGUGCGCUACGAAACGCGGCUUGUGCCCAAGGUCGUCGUUGGUAUCCCACCGGUAACCCACUUCCGGGACGAACAAGAGGAGGAGGAGGAGGAGGAAGAAGAAGAGGAAGAAGAAGAGGAGGAAGAGGAAGAAGAAGAGGAGGAAGAGGAAGAAGAAGAGGAUCCUUGUGUGUCUGUGUGUGUGUGCGUGCGUGCGUGUCGUGCAUCGUGGAGAAGAAAAAGGAAAAAGAAAAAAGUUGGGACCUCCUCUGAAUAAAUUCGAGAUCCCCUUCCCCCGCUGCUUCCAUAGACCCGGGCUCCUAGAAGAGAAGAAGUUUCGUAAAACGGAUUACAAAACCAGAAGAGAAAGGAGACAGAGAAAGGGAGAGAGAGGCAGAGAGGAAGAAGAGAAGCAGGAGAGAGAGAGAGGGAGAGAGGAGAGCGCGCUGUGAUCCGGCGCAGGAAAUCGUAAAGGCGAACGAUACGCAGUGGAGAUACGGUGUUCGAGCACGAGUCGUUGUGGAUCGUCCCCAGGAGGGUGGACGACGAGGAAACGCGGGGAGCCGUGGCUGCUCGGUGAAAGAAGCGAGCGUCGUCUGCUUCACUCUGCUACGUGGAGAAAGAAAGGAAAAGGAGAGAGAGAGAGAGGAGGAACUGUCUCUCUCUCUGUCGAGGACACCAGUUGCGGAGGACAAGUUUGAAAGACGAUCCGGAUGUGGCUGAAUCCACUUGUUAUCUUUCUCAGCCCUAACGAGAUCGCGUAUUUUUCCAAUCUUCCGACUGCUGCUGCCACCACCACUACUCUACCACUGCUGCUCCUGCUGCUGCUACUACUACUACUACUACUGCUGCUGCUGCUUCGUUCUACUACCACCCUUCCAACCUCGAGACUCGAUUUUCUCUCGCCGUCGUGGUGUCUCUCUCUCUCCACGAUAAAAAUCGAUCCUCGCCUCGUCCUCAUCAGAUCCGGCCAGAUCCGAGACGUUAACGCUCUUUUGUGUAUAAUAAAAGCUCCGUGAACGGUGGACGGAGACACGCGGACGGAGCGCGGAAUUAAAAGUGCGCUUAAAAAGGUUAGCGGGAUAAAAAAGGCGCGCGCGCGAAAGGAUAAGAGAAAGGAAUAGGAGCCACCUCCGAGUCCUUGAGAGUACCCAACGGGUAAAAGUGCCGCGCUCGGAGCCAGCCGGUUGACCCUGGCCAGCCAACGGAGCAGACCCCGUUGGAAAAAAGUUCUCCGCGUCGUCGCCGCCGCCGCCGCCGCCGUCGUCGUCGUCGUUACGAUCCAUCGAAUCGUCGUCCCCGUUUCUCGAGGGAAUCUCGCGUUUUCACGGAGUGAGAAAAAGUGGGAAAAACGGCCGAGAAAAGUGAUCAUGAGUCACGGUACCGAAUUACGCCCUUCGGGAUGAUGACGAUGAUUAUGAUGAUGAUGAUGAUAAUGAUGACGAUCGCCAUGAUGAGGAGACCGCGCGUGUGAUAAAUACGCCCUUUACGUGCCACGUGCGUCGAUCGAAAUCGAGAGCGAGCCUUCCCCCUGUCUGCCCCCUGUCUCCCCCCCACCCUCGCCCGAGUGCAAGCGACAUCGAUGAUUCGCGGAAAUCGGCUCGAAUCGGCACCGACAACAGCCUCGUAUCGAAACGCCAAGGACGUGAGAUUCGUGAGUGUUUCCGAAAAGUGAAAAGAGAAGAGAGAAAAAGUGGGAAGAAGAAGAGAAGAAAAAAGUGUGAUAAUUCCGCGAGUGUAUCGAUAAUAAUACCGAUUCGUCUCACCUCGUCGUCUCGUAAAGCGAUCGGAUUCGGUUGAUGCUCGACCGUCUCGAGCCCGCGUUCCUCCGAGACGUGGUGCGAUCUGUGGUGAUACACGCUCCGGUACAUCAAUGUAUGUCACGUGCAUGUACCGUCGUCGUCCUCGUCGCCGCAAUCAUUUCGGGAUUUCGGGUCGUCGGCUCGUGGAGAUGCUUCGUGACUCCUCGAGAGAGUUUUAAGGGAAAAAAUACCCGCCGACAGCCGACCGCCCUUCCUUGGAUACCAUUCGUUAACGGAUUAAUUGGAUUACGGACGAUUCGGAGAACAACGACAAACAAAGACGAUGUAUACUGACGGUCUCCUUACACUCCACUAUGGGAAGCAUCCGGCGACCUUGGCCGCGGAGGUCGGAGCCUGGUACACCGGGGACCGUCACGUGGACGUGACGUUGGCAUGCGACGAUGGGUCGGUAGUGAAGGCCCAUCGCGUUGUUCUGGCCGCAGCUAGUCCCCUUUUGGCUAGUCUCCUUCGUAACCCCGCCCUGGACCACGUGGUCCACUUGUCAGGGGUGCGAAAAACCCAGCUCACCCACCUCCUGGAAUUCCUCUACAACGGAGAAGCCCUCAUCCCGUCGACGGAGCUCACGCCGCUCAGGGAAUUGUUCGAGCUUCUUCAGAUAAAGUCGGAGCUGUUCGAGCCUAAUCAACCGCAGACCUCCGCCAACUCCGACCCCGAAAGGAUACCCACCCCCCAACCCUCCGAGGGCCAGGAGAGCUCCAGCUACGAAUCGCAGUACGACGGCAGACAAUCCAACAAUCCCGCGGACUGUUGCUCGGUGCUCAUAAAGACGGAGGGCUGCGAGGAGGAGGCGGAGGUGGACGUGGAGGGCGUGGAGGAGGCGCUGCUCACCGAGGGGAACAGGGAGAGCAGCAUAGAACCGCCUAGGCGGAGGGACAGCUCCGACCCCGUGAAUCUGAGCUUGAACUCGGGCACGUCGACCACCAGCGAGAGUUCCCACGACAUCGUGCCCAGGCCGGAGAAACAGUUGCUGGAGAGGCGGGAGUCACUGGAGGAGGCGGAGGAGAGGAGGAGGCAGCUGGCCGCCCGGCUAGCGCUAGGCCUGGAGCCCGGGAAGCGAAAGCCCGAGGAGAUCCCGAUCCCGCCCGCCGAGGCGUACAUCGUGACCCCUCACAGGAAGCGAAGGCCAGGCUUCCACAACGCGCCCGCACAGAACCCUGCCUUCGUCCCGUUCAACCCCGGAUUCGAGACCCCGAGGAGAUUGCAAGCGCCUCGUCCCCUCAGCGUCUCCACACCCCCCUACCUGCAGGACAGGUCGGUGACGCCGCCCGGUGGAUCGCACAGGCCGCCAAGCGCCGACCCAGCGACGGCCGCAGGCCUGGAACCGCCCUGGGGCUCAUGGGCGCUGCCCUCGACCAGGGCACCGCCCCCCCCGCCCACGGACGACCCGCCGAAAUCGACCCCGGUGCGGGAGUACAGGUGCAGCUAUUGCGGGAAACAGUUCGGUAUGUCGUGGAACCUCAAGACCCACCUAAGGGUGCACACGGGCGAGAAACCGUUCGCGUGCAGGCUGUGCGUCGCAAUGUUCAAGCAGAAGGCCCACCUGUUGAAGCAUCUAUGCUCGGUGCACAGAGGGGUAAUAGCGGCCCCGGACAACACCUUCACCUGUUGCUUCUGCUCGUUGAGCUUCGACAGCCUUCAAGAGCUCAUCAGGCAUCUGUCCGGGCCCCACAACAAUCUGCUGCUCAGCAAGAAUCUGCACGACUAGCAGCACCACCAGCGGCGGCGCGAAUAACGCGUCCCCACCACCUCGCCCUCGCCCCCCGUCGCCCCACCCUACCGCCCGGUGCCUCGACGACCCGUCUCCCCCCACCCGCCCCGCGGCCGCCCGUCCGCUCCCCCCACCAUCGUCGCGUUCGUCCGCCUCCCCGCUCCCCGCCUCUCACUCGUCCCCGAACAAGCAAUAUCUCGAGAAUAUCGAUCCGAGAGGGGGGGAAAGGAAAAGUGGGAAAGUCAAGGAGAGGAGCGAAAUUCGGAUUUCAGGAGAGAGGAGAAAUCGCGGGAGUGGCUUGGUUUCGAGUGAAUUCGAACUUUUCCGAGAUACGAUGAUAACGAUCAUGAUGAUGAUGAUGAUAAUAAUAAUAAUAAUAAUAAUAGUCUUCUCCUUCGCCAUAUUUUUGAGUAUAUCGAUCUCGAGGUUCGUGUAUUCGUUCAAUUAUUAUUAUUACUCCUGUAACACCUUUCUCCCGAGGAUAGACGGACUAUAAUUUAAAUCGUAUCGCAUCUUUUUCGAACUUUUCGCGAUUUCUUUUUUCUUUCUCUUGUCACGAAUCUCUUUCCCCUCUCCUUGCCCUCUUCCCCCGCCCCCUUUCUUCGAGAGAGAAAGAAACGGCAAGAAGCACCGGAACAGUCUUUCGCUUAAUUAAAAAAGGAAGAAAAGAGAAGAGCGUUGCGCCGUUUUCGCGAACGAUUUCCAAAAGUUAUAUAUACGAAAACGACGCAACGAAGAAUUCUCCAACGAACGCUUGUUUAUUAUUAUUAUUAUUAUUAUUAUUAUUAUUAUUAUAAGCGAUGACCAGUAACUCUGACCAAAUAACAUAUUUCCGGCGAUCGACGGAUUCGUGUAUCGGAAGUGUGUGUGUGUGUCGGACUAAUGUUCAACGGUCUCCUCGCGUUAAGGAAACGUUAAAGAGAGUCGAAAACAGAAAAAAAACGAGGAUAAAGUAUAUAUAAAGAUAUAAGAAAAAGAAAAAGAUAGAAAAGAUACAUAAAGAGAUACACACAAAAUGUAUAUAUAUAUAUAUAUACGAAACGAGAGUCGAGAGUCAAUUACGACCAGUUUGUCGCGGAGCGCUCGUAAUAAUUUAUCGAUCGAUCGUGCAAACUAUACAUACAAUGCUCGAGUAUGUGUGUGUGUAUAUAUAUAUAUAUAUAUUCGCGUUAAGUGAAUUCGACACGCAUCCUUCUCUCGUCGCGUCUUUUACUUGUCCUUUGAGCAGAAGGAACAGAGAGGGAGAUUGCUUUGUUUUAGAAAGAAACGCUUCCCGUGACGCGUCACGUGACGCGCAACAGAGCCGCAGCGAAAAAAAAAAAGAGAAGGAGAAGAAGAAGAAGAAGAACCUCUCGUUUACCUCAGAUCGCGCGCAAAACAAUCUCACAAAAUGUGUAAAUAAUAAUAAUAAUAACGUUUUACCGUUUUAUGUAGUAGGUAGUAGGAAACAAUGCGGACGGAUUUAAUUUAUUUUACACUUUGAAAAAAGGGACCAACUGAUUUUUUUCCACCGAUUUCUGUCUUAGGUAGAUUUUAGGUAUCCUGCCCUGUCAAUCGCCUCGAAAAAAAGAAAAACAAAUUUGCUUUGCUGGAGAGCUGUGAAAGCCGGUAUUUCGGAAGGAAGAGUAAAAGGGGGAAAAAAAAAAAAGAGAGAGAAAGAAGAGGGGGAAAAAAGAAAAAAAAAGGAAAAAAUUGUCUAAUCGUAAACAUAAACGCGGAUAAAAAAGGAUACGAUCGGGCUCUGUUCCCCUUUCGUCCCGCGAAGAGGAGGAACGUUUAUCGGGCGAUUUUAAAGAUGGAAGAAACGACAAUAAUUGUUGUUGUUGUUGUUGUUGUUGUUGUUAUUAUUAUUUUUUUUUUCAAACUGUUGUCCAGAGAGAGAGAGAGAGUGAGAGAGUGAGAGCGUGAGCGUGAGCGUGAGCGUGAGCGAGCGAGCGAGAGAGAGAGAGAGAGAGACGUUGAAGAAACGUUGCCCAAUGUUCUUCCACGUGAUUCAACAAUCCUCGUCUUCCAAUCGAUCGUGAACAACAACCCUUCCUCCCUUUUCAUCCUUUUAUCCCAUCUUGCGUUCUUUAUCCAUCCACGCGAAACGUUUGUUUUGGUAUCUCAGCGACUCGAGUGCCUUGUCAAAAUGGGUCCAAAAAAUUGGUCGAUUGGGCAGUGAUUUCAUGUGUUCAUAGGCUUAAGAUUACGCGUAAGAUGAUGACGAAAUACACGAGCUCGCU